GUUUCAGAACACACUCUCGAAACAAUAAUAAGAAUUUAACACACAUAGUGAUGGAGAGAAAUUUCUUCGACGUCGAAAUCGACUACGACGUAGACAACAACUUGAAGAAACAAGACGUCUGGAAACUCAUAGAGUGGACAAAAGAAGAACCUCAUCUACCAGAAAUUAACGAGGCACAAGCAAUUCUCUUCCUCCAAAGAUGGCAAUACCAGAACGAAAUCACUAGAGAUGCAGUUGAUUCUUACUUCACAUUUAAGACUUAUUGCCCAGAACUACUUGUCAGAGGCGACUUAAGUAGUUUAGAUGUAAGUUUGAUUACACUAUUACCGAAAACACCAGACGGAACGAACAUAGUGUACAUUAGAUUAUUGGAUGUAGAUGCAGAUAAGUUUGAUCUUGCCACUCAAAUGGUACAUCUAGAUAUGACCCUUAUGUCAAAUCUUUAUAAAGAGGGCAAUUUCAACGGAUACGUGGUGAUCGUAGAUAUGCUAGACGUCCCUUUUAAUGUGAUAUCUAAGCUCGAUCCACUCCAAUUAAAGAAAAUUUUGUUUUAUUUACAAGAAGUGGUUCCAUUACGACUCAAAGCGAUCCACUAUGUUCACACUAAGUCAUUUAUGACUCAAUUUUUAAAUUUGGUGAAAGCUCUAGUGAAAAGUGAUAUUUUGGUCACUGAGAACCAUUCCAUUGAAUGUUUAGCAAAAUAUUUUCCAAAAGAUUGUCUACCUGAAGAAUAUGGAGGUUCAGCUGGGAAUUUAACCGUUUUACAUGAAAAAAGUAAACGCAGAUUCUUAGAAAAUGCUGCGUUGUUUAAUUGGGAAGAUAGACAAGCGGCUGACGAAAAUAGAAGACCUCCUGAUAACAAAAUAUUGACGAACAUUGUCACUUUUUUCCACAACAAAUAGGUUCAGAUAUUACUAAAAUAAUAAUAGUAUAA